CACUUGAAAUCCAUUAAGCAGUUUUACAAUGCACUGUGUUGAAAUCGUUAUAAUGUUUAUAAACACUUUGUUUUUUAUGAGAUUAUCUUUAUUGGGUAAUCAUUAAGCUUUGACUAAUUUCUGCAUUUUCGUAAUGUUCUACACUUCUAUUGAUCACCAGUCAUUUAGUAAUCAACAAUAUGUUAGCUGGAGAAGGUUACAAUCGUUUACCUGUUGACGAGACAGAUGCUAUUGAAGAAGACAAUACUUUACAAACAGAAAAUGAUGAGUCCAAUUCUGAUUCCAGUGAUGAUUCUCUUAUUGACUCACAAGCUCCUCAAAAUCCUAUCCUCCAUGACAAGUACCGGAUGAUUGAAAUAAUCUCUGGACUUCUUGGAUUAAUUUGUUGUAUACCUUGGAAUAUUUUCAUUACCGCAACUGAUUGUUGGAAAUACAAGUUUCGUAAUGUUAAUGACUCAUCUUCAGGUUCCACCCAACUUCAAGUUUAUUUUAACAGCUAUUUAUCAAUGGCUAAUAAUGUUCCAAAUAUUUUGGUUGUUCUAUUCAUGAUAUUCUAUGGUCAUAAGAUUACAGCUACCAUUAGAAGUGUUACUUCUAUGCUGAUUAUAAUGAUUCUUAUGAUCCUUUCAACGGUUCUAGUUAAAGUUGACAGUGAUAAUUGGCAAAAUGCAUUUUUCUGGAUAAUCAUUGUCAGUGUUUUGAUUCUCGGGUUAUGCACUGGUAUUCUUGCUUCUAGCAUUUCUGGGGUAGUUUCUUCUUUCCCGUCUAAUUGCAUUCAAGCCGUUGUAUUGGGCCAAGCUAUAGCUGGCAUUUUCGCUGUAAUCUGUCAAAUUAUUUCAUUGAGGGCACAUGCUGAUCCUCGAUCUUCAGCCAUGUACUAUUUUAUUUGUGCUGAUAUGUUAUUAAUAAUUGCAUUUGUUGCUUAUCUCAUCGCCCGUAAAACGCCUUAUUAUAGAUUCUAUCGUAAACGAGGAAUGUUUACAUUAUCUAUUGAUAAUAUUUCUGAACGAUCAAUUGCUCGACGAUCAGAUCUAAUUGCAAUUUGUCGUGCUAUUUGGCCUCAUCUACUGGCUGUUUUUCUGAUCUUGAGUAUAACUCUUAUCGUUUAUCCACCGCUUUUGGUCCUGGUUGCUCCAAAGAAUAAAGACUCAGUCAUAGUAUCAGAGGAACUAUUUUUACCCAUUUUUUGUUUUCUUCUGUUCAAUAUAAAUGAUCUACUUGGGCGUCUAAUCGGUAAAUGGUUCCCCUUCCCUCAGUCAAAGCCAAUUUUUUUGAUUAUAUUGGCUGUUAGUCGCUUAAUCCUCGUUUUUGGACUUAUGGUUUGCAACAUUCAUCCAAGAAAUCAUCUUCCUGUUUUAUUUGAAUCUGAAUAUAUCUAUGCCAUAUUGGUUAUGCUUCUGGGUCUCUCUAAUGGUUAUGGACUAACUGUAAGCAUGUUCCAAGCGCCUUUGGCAGUUAAACCUGAAUUACAAGAAAAGACCGGAUUUAUCAUAUCUGCUGCUCUGGGUCUGGGAGUGUUUUCUGGUUCGAUUGCAUCUAAUGUAGUUCUUCGACUUAUCUAGACUUUUUUACCAAGACAAAUAAGUGCUGAAGUUAUUUCAAUUGACCAAAAAGGAAUGGGUCAUUUAUUUAAAAGCAAUAGAGAUGUUAUUUUUCUUCCUCUUUCUUACGAUUAUUUAUUUAUCCAAUCGAUAAUUCCAUUUGUCAUUGUAGUGAUGACGACCGAUCUUAACGAAAUGCUACUAUUUUUGAAUCCUGUUUAAUCGAUGACACUUUAUCCAAAAGGUUUAUCAUUUUUGUGUAAAAGUGUAUUUGUAAUCAUGCAAGUGACUAAAAAUCUUUUACAUCCAAUCGAACCUCUUUAAAUGAGAUCCGACCAAGGUAACAGUCGAGCCCCUCAUCGCUUUUAGCCCUUUCGAAACUGAGUUCCACUUAAUCUCCGUAUAGGAAUAAUUUUAAAGUUAUCUCCUCGAAUCGCAUUUUGAGAGAGUUCACUCUAAUUGGUAACUGAUAACAAUAACGGAAAACAAUAUAAAAACAUGUAAUGGAAUGUAAUAAGAUCUAAUAAAUUGACUUUUUAUUUUUAAAAUUU